GUGCUUCCCGUCAUGCUUUGUACUAGUCCCGUUCUGCGCCACUCGCGUGUUUUCCGUAGCCGCCGUUGUUCCAUUGAGAGAACCUGAACAUGGCAUCCGACGGACCACCGGGCACCGAAUCCCUCCCGUCCGAUUUAGGCAGUGCUAUCGCGGCAUUGAACACAUGGAGCCACCCGGAGCUUCAUACCAAGCUGGCGGAGCUGGGAGCACCGACGAUGGGUCCCAGAGAGGAGCUGAUUGACAGACUGAAGGGCUACAUGAUUCAGACUGGAAUCCUCCUCAGCAAACCUAAUGAUGACAAAUCAAUGGGCUCCCAGAUGCAAGGUAUUCCUCCCUUACCCCCGAUGCCCAUGCCACCCAUGCCUCCUGGUAUGGGCAUGCUCCAGGCUAUGAGCAUGAUGCCCGGGGGGCCCCCUCCACCCGGCAUCCACAUGGGCAUGGAGCCCCCAGGUUUGCCGCCUCCCGGCCUAUCGCAGGAUGAUCAGCUGAAGAUGGCCCAGCACAGAGCAGCCAUGGUGUUACAGCAGGAGGAGAGAGCCAAGCAGCAGGCUGCAGUGAUGCUGGAACAGGAGCGUCAUCAGGAGAUGGUUAAGAUGCAGCAGGGUCAGGGGCCCAGAGCCAUGCUCCCUGUCGGCGUAAUGAGAGGUAUGGAUCCCCGUGGGCCGCUGCCUCCUGGUGUCAGUAUGAUGCCGACCCAGAAACAGAGAGUGCCGCCUCCUCCAGGAGAAGACAGCAGAGAGGUGUGGCAGAGCGAGGAGGUAAGCAUCAGCGGGCCAAAGAUCCCUCAAGCCCUGGAGAAGAUCCUCCAGCUGAAGGAAAUCAGACAGGAGCAGCUCACGGACCCCGCAGAAGAGGAAGAUGAUGAGGGCGCAGAUAUGGACAUGAACAACUCCUCUGCUCCAGUCAUGUCUGAGACGGAAGACGAUGACAGUCAGAUCUCUAAGAAAGACAAAAACCGCAGACGCAGAAACCGCAAGAAGAAGAGCAAGAAGAAGCGUGCCCUGGAGAAGAAGGAGCAUGCGGAGCAGCAGGAGGAGCAGAAGAAGAAGAAGGAGGGCAGCGACAAAGAGAAUGACAAGGACAAGGAAAAGGACAAAGACAAGGACAAGGAGAAGGAGAAGGAGCCCGAGGUGGAGAUCGAGUACAUCACAGAGGAGCCGGAGAUCUACGACCCCAACUACAUCUUCUUCAAGAGGAUCUUUGAUGCGUUCAAGCUGACUGAUGAUGUGAAGAAGGAGAAGGAGAAGGAGCCUGAGAAGACAGAGAAGCAGGAGACGGCCGUGCUGCGGAAGAAGGGCUUCGAGGAUGAGAGGAAAGACAGCGACGACAGUGAUGAGGACAUGAGACCAGAUGUGCCUAAACUGUCAAAGAAGAAGAUGAGGAGGAUGAACAGGUUGACCGUGGCUGAACUCAAACAGCUGGUGGCUCGUCCAGAUGUAGUGGAGAUGCAUGAUGUGACGGCCCAGGAGCCCAAGCUGCUGGUCCACCUGAAGGCCACCAGGAACACGGUGCCUGUGCCCCGCCACUGGUGCUUCAAAAGAAAGUACCUGCAGGGGAAGAGAGGUAUAGAGAAGCCUCCGUUUGAGCUGCCCGAGUUCAUCAAGAAGACGGGGAUCCAGGAGAUGAGGGAGGCCCUGCAGGAGAAGGAGGACGCCAAAACCAUGAAAACCAAAAUGAGGGAGAAGGUUCGCCCCAAGAUGGGAAAGAUCGACAUCGACUACCAGAAGCUGCACGACGCCUUCUUCAAAUGGCAGAUCAAACCCAAACUCACCAUCCACGGAGACCUUUACUACGAGGGAAAAGAGUUUGAAACUCGUCUGAAAGAGAAGAAGCCGGGCGAUCUGUCUGAUGAGCUGCGUAUCGCUCUGGGCAUGCCAGUCGGACCUAACUCGCACAAGGUGCCUCCUCCCUGGUUGAUAGCCAUGCAGAGGUACGGCCCCCCUCCCUCCUACCCCAACCUCAAGAUCCCCGGACUCAACUCGCCCAUCCCAGAGAACUGUACGUUUGGUUAUCACGCUGGAGGCUGGGGGAAGCCGCCUGUAGACGAAAUGGGCAAACCUCUUUACGGUGACGUGUUCGGGACCAAUGCUGCAGACUUCCAGGCCAAAGCGGAGGAGGAGGAGGUGGAUCACGCACCGUGGGGAGAACUGGAGCCUUCAGAUGAGGAGUCGUCGGAGGAAGAGGAGGAGGAGGAGAGCGACGAGGAGAAACCGGACGAAACUGGAUUCUUCACGCCGGCAGACAGCGGGCUGAUCACCCCCGGAGGCUUCUCAUCUGUACCCGCCGGCAUGGAGACGCCAGAGCUGAUAGAGCUGAGGAAGAAGAAAAUCGAGGAGGCCAUGGACGGAAACGAGACGCCACAGCUGUUCACGGUGCUCCCAGAGAGACGAACUGGCCCCGUUGGAGCCGCCAUGAUGGCCUCAACACACAUCUACGACGUGUCGGGGGCCAUGGUCGGUCGUAAGAUGGGCGCAGGGCAGGAGUCGCAGGGCGUAGAGGUGGCGCUGGCUCCAGAGGAGCUGGAGCUGGACCCCAUGGCCAUGACGCAGAAGUACGAGGAGCACGUCAGAGAACAGCAGGCCCAGGUGGAGAAGGAGGACUUCAGCGACAUGGUGGCUGAGCACGCUGCCAAACAGAAGCAAAAAAAGAGGAAGGCUCAGCCGCAGGACACGCGAGGCGGCGCCAAGAAAUACAAAGAGUUCAAGUUCUAG